GACCAAGCAACGGGAGCUCACCCCUUCACGGGGAUUCGAACCGCCGACCUUCUGAUCGGCAAGCCCUAGGCUCUGUGGUUUAACCCACAGCGCUACCAAUUCCUCUCCACUCCCAACACGGGUGCACCGGCAAAUACCGAAGAAUGAGCUCCAUUACUAAAGUCUUCCCAAUCCAACGAAUCUUCAUAGAGAUAUGAAAAAAUAACAAUGUAACAUGUUGCCAGAUUUCUGGUUUGUAUGGACUCCGCCCCCGCACCCCUUGCGCAAACCCACAGAAACCUAUAGAGAAAUUCUGAAUUUUACCGUAGCUGUCAUUUGGGCGGCCAAAUAAUUUUCAAAAGAUAGCAGCAAAGAUAGGAUUCGUGCUCUUUGUAAUUCGGGACUUGUUUCUUAUUCUGACAAACGAAUGCAGUUAGUUUCUGAACAUUUAUAAAUGCAAAGUGUCUGCAGGCAAGCUUCUGUAUGCUACUGGAGGAAUUUAGGGAGAUCGACUUUGGCUGCAAUUUGGGGUGUUUUGCGUGAAUCUUUCUCUUUUCUUUUCCUUUCCUCCUCAAAAUCCAAGCAAGUCUCAGACCGAACCUCAAACUGCAACCCUGCAGAGCUGUCAUAAAGCGCUGGUCUCAGCCACACAUUUUCCAACUUCGGGAAAGGAUGGUCGGCAUUUGGAAUUUGCAUUGGCAGAGCUACUUUUCAAAUGCUCAAUUAGUCCCGAGUCAGGAGGAGGAGGAGCGUGAAGUCCCUUUGCCGCUAACUCUUAGUUUUCGGCGGGCACGACCCAGCUGCUCAAUCACAGCUAAGGCUACCGUAUCCCAGAUUUCUUCGUUCAUUUCCAUGAACCGCGAUCCAUUUCGCCAAUGUAAACCCGGAAUGUUGUCAUCCUGAAAAAGAGAAGCACCUCUCUCAUUUUUCUUAUCUCUGCGAUCCCGCGGGUCUGGGCCGCUCUCGCGUUCCAUCUGCGCAGGUUCCAUCUGUAACCAGAUUGGAACGAGGGAGCAGGAGGAGCCAAUCGCCCCGCCUCCGGUAUGCUAAUAACGGGAUUAGCAUAGCCCGGACCACGUGAGCCACGCUCCAAUGGUGUCGCGCAGGCCUCUGCCAAGAUGGCGCUGACGCGGUACCGGCGCUUCUUGAAGCUCUGCGAGGAGUGGCCCGUGGAGGAGACCAAGCGCGGGCGGGACUUGGGCACUUUCCUUCGGCAGAGGGUGGCGCAGGCCUUCCGCGAGGGAGAGAACACGCAGAUUUCUGAUCCAGUGACCUGCGAUGAAAUGUUUGAGAGUUUAGCCAAAAUCCAUACCAAUUACUAUAAAAACAAGUAUCCACGUUUGAAAGAUACAAGCUUUACUGGGGUGACAGUUGAAGAAUGCAAGCUAGUCCUUGCAACAGCUAGCUUGAAGCAGAUGGAAGAAGCAAAGAAAGGAAAAUGGACAAAGUUACGUGAGAAAUUUUCUGCCAAGAAUCCUGAAGAAGAUUCCAAAUGAUAACUUUGUGACACUAGCCAAUUUCCCUAAAGCAUUAUAUUUUGCCUCCUUGAAACAGAGGUUUGUUUGUUUGUUUCGUUUGCUUACCUAGGGUGCUGUCAGACUUUUUAAAGCAAAGAGAUCUGGUUUUGACAUCUCAUCUCAGAACCAUUUCUAUCUCAGGGAAAAAUGCUUCAGUAUUGGUGAAGUUUUCUAGAAUGGGACAAGGAAGCCCCUCUUGAUGACAGUGGUUUAUAGGAAGAUGUUAGAAAGUCUUUAAAUAUAUUGAUGUGGUUGCCACUCUUUGGUAUGUCUAGGUUUUUGCAUGUUCUUUAGGGAAAGGAUAUAUGCUGUUGAACACAGCUGGUAUGCUGGGACAUCACUGAAUUGUAUUUCAUGGCUUUUUUAGAAUUGAGGAUUCCCAAACAAAUACAGGCACUAUAGCAUAUA